GUUCCCCGGGACUCCAGUUGUAGGGAUUUGUACAAUGCACAAACAAGGCUAUUGAACCUGACAUUGGUGUCUGUCUUUAUUCCUUUAUCUAACAUAUCAUACUGAAACAUGGUAUCAGAAGUGGCUCGGAAAACACACGUUUGUUAUUUUUGUAGCUAAGUACAGUAUAGGCGCAGUUACGUUCCAUAUGCGAACACACGCCGUUUCCUACUCACAACACUGAUCAACUCGUUGUUAGCUGGCUAGCUAGCAUCACUACCUACGUCGAUGACUGAAGGCAAAGAAAUCUCAUAUUCAAUUGCUAUGGCAGCGAACAUUCCGCCACCAAAUCCCAUGGUUCUCACAGGGGACUGGAAUACUAAUUGGGACAACUUCAGGGAUGAAUUCGAGGACUAUGCGCUGGCGACCGGUCUACAUGAGAAAGCCAACGAGGUACAAGCUGCAACUCUGAGGAGUUUAAUGGGCAGCGAAUGCAGGCAUAUCUACCGGUACAAUCUCACCCUCACAAGCACGACAACAGUGUGAUGCAAAGGCUAUAUUGGAUGCAUUGGAGAAUUACUUCAAACCCGCCAGAAACGUAAUUUAUGAGCGGUUCGUUUUCGGAAACUGUAAACAGGAAGAGGGUGAGUCAGUACACAACUUUGUAACCCGUUUGAGAGAGAAAUCCGCCACUUGUGAAUACGGGGGAUUGAAAGAUGAAUUGAUUCGUGACAAAAUAGUGCUGGGAAUUGCAAAUGAGGAUACACGCCGGCGUCUACUGAGAGAGAGAGAGACUUAACAUUAGUAACUGCCAUCGAAAUGUGCCGCACUGCUGAAGUCACUGACAUGAGAAUGAGAGCAAUGGAAAUCGAAACCCCACGCUCCGACGUUGAUACUGUUCACGCUGUUGCUAGGCAGACAUUCAGACUAAACCAAUCCAGGCAGAGCAAUUCACCACGAACUGUGAACACAGAGAGCCCCGUAGCAUGUAAAUACUGUGGGAAUACACACACACGUGGCAAAGAGCACUGCCCUGCCUACGGAAAACCAUGCAGAGCUUGUGGAACUAAUAAUCAUUUUGCAAAAGUGUGUCUCAAAAGCAAAAGAAGGGUUUUGAUUCACUGACACUCGCUACUUUUCAGCUGUUCGGCGGUCCCUGUGUUCCCUCCUAAAGCUUUGGAAUGGGCAGUCAUUUCCGCAGUUACAUCUGGGACCCGGUCCUCAUUUUGUCUCAGAUUGUGUUGAUGCAAUGCAUCUACUACAGCUUCCUGGGUUUGUGGCUGGCUGUUGUGGACAGUCUUGUACAAACCAACAGAUCACUGGACCAGAUCUUCAGUUAUAAGGUUCUUGGAUUUGCAACAAUGCAGGGCAGACUCUCAAUGAUGGCGUUCAUCUUGAACUCACUUACCUGUGCCCUGGGCCUGUUGUUCUUUAUCCGCCGAGGGAAGCAGUGUCUGGACUUCACUAUCACCGUGCACUUCUUCCACAUGAUAGGCUGUUGGCUCUACAAUGCCCACCUCCCGGCGGCCCUGUCCUGGUGGCUGGUCAACGUGGCCUGCAUGGCUCUGAUGGCCGUGAUUGGAGAGUACCUAUGCAUGCGGACUGAGCUCAGGGCCAUCCCAGUCAACAGUGGACCUAAGUCUAACCUUUGACUGCUGACCCCACUCUGUGACUCUGGCUCAUUCCCUGUGAACUGUUCACUGACAGUAUUCUGCCCAGUAUGAUGUAGGGUAUGACAUUUGUGCCCAAAGACUUGGUGGGACUGGGAUGUCAGCUGCUAUAACGCAGUAGUUGGAUCUAGAGACAGAGAUGCUCCAAGUUAGAACAUUGCACACCUCUCAAUAGAUUCAAGGACUUGGAAAUUAACUGAAAUGGUGCUGGUUGCUGUAUUUAUUUGUAAACAUGUACUACCUGUCUAACAGUGAAUGCUAACUUUUUCCUCGACCCACUAAGAUAUCACUUGCUUUGAGACAGUUCGAAGCAGAGUUUAGUUUGUCCUACAAAGAGCUUAAUGGUUUCAUGAUUUGAUUAAAUAAUGAUAUCACAUGAUUGUAGCAAAAUGAUUGUCAUGCACAUGCUUUCGGUUAUGUCCUUUCCAGUUGAGAAAAAUAAAAACGAUAAACUAGUCAUACAUGUAAACAACAGAU